AUGAGGCGACAAAUCCCAAUACUUCGUGUCCUGGGUCUGCUCGCUGGAGUUCUCGACCUUGCUCGAGGAGAUGACGCUAACAAGAGUGCCUACGGUUCCAUGGUUGUUAUCGAGGAAAUAUUGUUCAAGACGUAUACCAAAACGGACCCUGGUCCGCGGCGUCUUUACACAUACGACGACCGGGUCGACGCCCGGAACAACGACGGUCCUACCAUCGUCUGGAUCAGCGCUCCUCCUGGUGGUUAUGUAACGCAUUUUACUGGAGGACCAACGCCUGGUACUACUACAAUUCCACCAGCAGAUGGAUGCAUUUCCAACUGCCUUACUACAGUUAGAAUUAUAACCACUCCGGCUGGCGGCGUUACGACGCAAUUUACUGGCGGGCCAACACCUGGUACUACCACGAUUCCACCAUCAGCUGGAUGUACUACCAACUGCCUUACUACUGUUCGAAUUACACAGACUGGCGGUACUAUAACAGAAACUGUUCCUGGACCAAUACCUACUACUACUACAAUAAUGCCACCAGCUGGGUGCAUUACCAACUGCCUCACUACAGUUAGAAUUAUAACAACUCCGGCUGGCGGCGUUACAACGCAAUUUACUGGCGGGCCAACGCCUGGCACUACUACGAUUCCACCUUCAGCUGGAUGCACUACUAACUGCCUAACUACUGUUCGCAUCACACAAACUGGCGGAACUAUUACAGAGACUGUUCCUGGACCAACACCUACUACUACUACGAUACUGCCACCAGCCGGAUGUACUGUCAACUGCAUUACGACAGUUAGAAUUAUAACCACUCCGGCUGGCGGCGUUACAACGCAAUUUACUGGCGGGCCAACGCCUGGCACUACCACGAUUCCACCAUCGGCUGGAUGCACUACCGACUGCAUAACUACUAUUCGAAUUACACAGACUGGCGGUACCAUAACAGAGACUGUUCCUGGCCCAACACCUGGUACGAGUACGAUAAUGCCACCAGCUGGAUGUACCGUCAACUGCAUUACUACUAUUAGAAUAACCACGACUGGCGGUGUUGUAACAGAGACCACUACUGGACCAUCAGCCGGUACUACUACAAUUCCGCCAUCGGCUGGAUGCACUACCAAUUGCCUAACUACCGUUAGAAUCACGCAGACCGGCGGGAUUGUAACGCAAACUACUACUGGACCAACAGCUGGUACUACUACGAUUCCACCAUCGGCUGGAUGCUCCACGGAUUGCCUAACCACCGUUCGAAUUACGCAGACUGGCGGAAUUGUGACGCAAACUACCCUUGGGCCAACACCUGGCACUACUACGAUUCCACCAUCUGCUGGAUGCUCUACCGACUGCCUUACUACCGUUAGAAUCACACAGACGAAUGGUGGACUGGUGACGAAAACGACCACCGGGCCAACAGCCGGUACUACUACAAUUGCACCACCGGAUGGAUGUACUGUCAGCUGCACAACUACUGUCAUGAUUACGCAAACUCCUAAUGCCCCAGGACCCGGUGGACCUGAUGUAACAAUCACCAAAACCGUAGCGGGACCCAAGCCCACAACUUCCACCGUCACUCCAGCACCAGACUGCAGUCGCCCUUGCACUACAACCAUUCUGGUCAUUACAUCUGGGGCAAACGGUCCUUGUCAGACACGAACUGUAGAUGAAUCAAAUCAACCUAAGCCAUCAUGCCAACCUCUGGGACUAAAUGUGUGGCUAUACAGGAAUUCGUUUGUUGGUGGACUUGGCUGUAAAGCCUCAGGGGAAACAUGCAUCCUUUCUGGACCAAACUACUAUUUUGUCGAUAAACCCAUUGGUAGCUCGUACACAAACACUACACAUUUCCCCCAGGACUAUAUUCCAGACGUUACAAAAUAUCCUAUUAAGCACCCCCAUGCGGGAUAUCCAGCCUUGGAGUACUAUGUUGGUUACACACGAAAUUUCAACACGGGCAACAUUACCGGCAUCGAUGGCAACCAAUUUACCUUGGUCUACCAAGGACUUUUCAAGGCGCCUAGCACUGGGGCGUUUAGACUCUGCGGAUGGGCUGAUGCGGAGGUCAACGUCUUUUUUGGUGAUGGGAACGCAUUUGAUUGUGAGACCCGGAAGCCGGUGGAUACAGAUCCAAAAAUCACCGCCAGGGGCGCUCAUUUUAUCAAUCCAUCCUCGUGCUUUAUGGUUGACUUGGUGAAGGACCAAUAUUAUCCACUCAGGGUGGUUUACGGCAACAACAGAUACAAUACUGGGUUGGGAUUCACUAUUCAACCACCAGGGGGCAUGUGGUCACAUUCUCAGGAUGGAUUGUAUUACCCAUCAGAUUGUUAA